AUGACAAAACUAAAUCAAAGUCACAGCAGGAAAAGAAGCAUGGGCAAGGUUGCAGAUCCACCGUCCGAGGAUUUCCAGAGCGAGCCGAAGUCCGCCGCCAACACCCUAUCGCCCGCUGGAGUUGUGGCCGGCCACAGUCAUAUUCCACCGUAUUAUUUCAGGAAGAGGUUUAGGUUAGCUAGCAUAGAGUCCCUUCCCAAAGAUUUAUUAUUGGACGCCUUGGGAAUUUCUC